AUGGAAGAACCAUUAGAACAAGAACACGCAAUUACAAAUGAUGAUUUAAAACCAUCAUCAUCAACAUCAACAACAACAACAACAACAAAAUCAUCCCGUUUAACAAAACAAACAACGACAACAAAUGGUACAAUACGUCGUCAUAAACGACGACGUCAAACAAAUAGUACGCGUUCAUCAAGUGAUCAUUCGACGUCAUCAAGUCGUUCAUCAUCAUCAUCAAGUCAUUCUUCACGUUCUUCAAUAAAAAAUAGCAAUUCAAAUGAUCAAGAACCAAAAAAAACGCGUAGUUGUUUAGCACAAGAACAAUUACAAAUAAUUAUUGAUAAAACAAAAACUGGAAAAUAUGACAUUUUGGAUAGUUUUGCUUUUUUAUCUUUCGAAACCGAUGAUGAUUGGCGUUUGGCAUUUGAACAUUUUAAACAACAACAAUUACAACAAGCAUUUACAAGAAAAAAAUCUCAUUCGAUAUCAGGAAAAAAAAAUGGACAUGUUAUUGAUCAUACAGAUGAACAUUUAUUACAUCGUUCAAUAAGUGUACCAUGUAAAAUUGACGAUGGACAAAAAAUAUCGAAUCAUCCGAUAUCAGCUCCAGUAGAGGAUAUAACAUCAGAAAAUCAUCAAGCAACAAUGUGGCAAGAAACAUCUCCAGAUAAAACUACUGAUGAUCGUCAAUCAAUAACAACAACAAUUAAAAGUGAACCUAUAGAGAAAACUAAUCGUUCAAGUCGAACAACAUCUGAACAUGAUGAAAAUCAUUGUGAUGUGGAAAAUAAUCCAAAUUCAACUGUAUCAUCACAAAAAUCUACGGAUGAGAUUAAAGUUGAAGCUAAUGAAAAGAAACAUCAUCAUCAUCAUCAUCACCAUCAUCAUCAUCAUAAAUCACAUAAACGACAUAAGACUAAACAUGAUCUAAGUGUUAAUGGCGAUAGUAGUAAUAAACAUCCAACGAUUACAUCAAUGUCUGAUUUAGCAAAACAACAUAUUAAAAAUGAACCAAUUCCACUUCCACCUUCAUUCAAUUUUCCACCCCAUUUCGAUCCAAAACUAUUUUCUCUUCCACAAUUUUCACCAUUUGCUUCUCCUGCUCCUCCUCCUCCACCAUCAUCAUCAUUUCCUGGUUCAUAUGAUCAUUCAUUGAUGUUAGCAAAUCGAUUCUAUGGUGGACAAUAUCCACGUGAUCUUCCCAUGGCUCCACCACAUAGACCGCCAUCAAGAUCAUUACAACAUCCAUAUUCAUUGAAAGAAAAUCAUUCAAAUUCAGCAGAAUCUAUGGAAAAAAUGUUUGAAAAAUAUUAUCCAGGUGUAUUACCAAGUUAUUUAGCAGCUGCCGCUUCUGCAGCAGCAGCAUCAGCAAAUAGUAAUUCACCUGUAUCAUCAUUAAAUGUUAAAAUGCAUGGUGCUUCUCCAAAUAAUCCUGAUCAUCCCCUAUGGCCACAUCGUGAAGCUUUACAACGACAAUUUUUAGCUGCAUCAAAUAAACGAAGUUCAACAAAAUCACCAUUAUUUGAUUCAAAUACAAAAUUACCAUCAAAUCAUUCAGGACCAUCACCAACUGAUCAUAAUAAUCAUCAUCAUCGUCGUCAUAGUUCAUCAACAUCUAAUACGGAUAUACCCAAUUCAACAACACCCACAGGACAUCCAUUAUAUUUAGCACCUGUUAUUGUUACAGAAUUUCAUCAGCAUCAACAUAAUCAUAAUCAUACACAUGAACAUAAAUUAAAUAUAACAACGAAAGAAGAACGAUCAUCAACACCAAGAUCGAAAACUCCAUUAUCAAAUGAACCUAAAAAACCUAAAUCAGGUUUUUCUGUCACAGAUAUGUUUAUUGAUAAAACAUCACCUGUUAUUAAACAUUCACCACAACCACAGCAGCAACAGCAACCUCAACAACAACAACAACAAGGUUUCUUAUCGGUUAUUAAUAAUAAAAAAGAUAAUAAUCAGUCAUCAUUAGUACAAUUAAAAAAACCAUCGAAUGGUAAAUGGUCAACAGCACAUGUUCAUAUAGCAUGGAUGAUUUAUCAUAGUGAACAACGACAACGAGAAAAAUUAAAUCUUCUUAAUCCAACAAAUAAAAUUCGUCCUUCAAAUUCAUUAGUUUCAUCAUCACAAUCGUCACUUUUACCACCACCAUUACCAUUAAAUGAUAAUAAUAAUGAUUUAUCAUUAAUACGUUCACCAUUACAACCACCACCACCUCUCCCACCACCAUUUACAUUUCCAUUUGAUCUUACUUCUCAACAAAAUCCUCUAUUUCGACCAUCAUCCACAACAAAAUUAUCACGACCAGCAAUUACACCAUCAUCAUCCUCAUCAUCUUCAUCAAUUAAAACACCAACUAUAAAACGUGAACAAAAACCACCAUUAUUUGAUGAACGUAUUCGACGAACAUCUCCAUCACCAUCAUCACGACCAACAUCAGGGUCAAAUUUUCUUCCAUCUUCACCAUCACAUCGUAUGAGGAUGGAUUUUCCAUCAUUAUUGUUACCACCACCACCUACACAACAUCAACUACCAACAUUUUCUGUAAACGAUGAUCGAAGACGUUUUCAAGCUCCAAAUCCCGAUCUUUUACAAUCUUUUGGCGCUUCAGGUCCAAAUCCAUUUUUUCAAUCAUUUUUUCCAAUGGGUGCACCACCAAUGCCACCACCCCCACAACAUAUGUCUUCAUCAUCAUCGUCUCGUCGUAGUGGUAUGAACAGUGAUUCAUCAAAAUCAUCAUUAUUUCUUCCAUCUAUGCAAACACCAUUUGAUUUUACUCGAUCACCUUUAUUACAAUCUGGACUUCCUCUACCGAAUAAUCAUCUUGACUCUGAUCGUUAUCGUUUUAUUUAUGAACAACAAGCACGUGAACGAGAUUUUCAAUUAGCAAUGAUGGCUGCAGCAGGAGGAAAUGGACCACCACCUCCACCACCACUUUUUACCGAUCCAAAUUCUUCGGCACUGUUUAAACAUUAUCAAACUUAA